AUGUCCGUUUCAGAAAUUUCAAUUUUAAAUAACAAUGUAGAAAAAUUUUGGGAAUUAGAGAAAGUUGAAAAUGCAAAUUGUUUUAGUGAUUGUGAAUUAGAAUGUGAACGUCAUUUUGUGGCACAUACUAAUAGAAAUUUUGACGGACGAUUUGUCGUUCGAAUACCUUUUAAAUAUAAUAAAAUUGAAUUAGGAAAUUCGAAACAAAUUGCAUUGAAACGAUUCGCUCUUCUCGAAAAACGUUUUAAGGCUAAUACAGAAUUGUUCAAAGAAUAUAAAAACUUCAUAGAUGAAUACCUAAAAUUAGGUCAUAUGCGAGAGGUUAAUGAAUUUCGAGAACCAACAAACGCUUAUUAUUUGCCUCAUCAUCCGGUGAUUAAAAAGGAAAGCUUAACCACCAAGCUGAGGGUGGUAUUUGACGCCUCAUGUGAGACAAGUAACGGUCGGUCACUCAAUGACUUACAAGCAGUAGGGCCGACGAUACAAAAGGAUAUCUUUUCCAUUCUCUUAAGAUUUAGACGGCACAAGUACGCUUUGACAGCUGAUAUCGAAAAGAUGUAUCGGCAAGUUAUAAUUCACAAGGAUGAUAGGAAGUUUCAGAGAAUAUUUUGGCGCGAUAAUUCUAAUGAUUCUAUAAAAUGUUUCGAAUUAAAUACGGUAACGUACGGUACAGCAUCUGCUCCAUUUUUGGCCAUAAGAUGUCUUGAACAAUUGUGCAAGGAAAAUUAUGAAACUUACCCCAUUGAAUGUGAAAUAAUUAGAAAGGAUUUCUAUGUAGAUGAUCUAAUUACCGGAGCAGAUACUCUACCGCAGUUAAAAACUAUAAAGCAAAAUUUAUUAAAAAUUUUGAAUCAAGCCAAGUUUAAUCUACGAAAAUUUAAUAGCAAUCACGUAGCCUUUCAAAGUGAAGAUUAUAUCGUAAAUUUCAGCGAGAAACAAAUUAAAACUUUAGGGAUGGUAUGGAAUUCGUACUCUGAUAAAUUUGCAUAUACAACAGACAGCAUCACUAUAAGUAAUAAAAUCAGUAAGAGGACAAUAUUAGCCACUACGGCUCAAAUUUAUGAUCCAUUAGGCCUGUUAGCGCCAGUAGUUAUAAUUCCAAAAUUAAUCAUGCAAGAGUUAUGGAAGUGCAAAUUAUCAUGGGACGAAGAAGUACCAUCAAAAAUAACCAAAACAUGGUCACAAUUUUGUAAUAAUUUAAAAUUUAUCAAUAACAUCAAUAUUAAUAGACAUAUGUAUUUGCACCAUCCUAUCAUUUGUGAAUUACACGGAUUUGCCGAUGCAUCUGAAAGCGCCUACGAAAUUUCCAUUAAUCGCGAAAUGCUUUGGAGCGAUUCAAAAAUAGUACUAGCAUGGAUUAAAUCGCCUUCCCGCAAGUGGAAAACGUUUGUUGCUAAUAGGGUUUCGGAGAUCCAAACCAAUACGGAUCCAAACAAUUGGUACCAUGUUAGAUCAGAAGAUAAUCCUGCCGAUUUAAUUUCGCGAGGAAUGUUACCGGAAGUAUUAAUUAAUUCAGAUUUGUGGUGGUUUGGUCCAUCUUGGUUGAAUACCACUGACAAACUUUCUUUUGGCGCAGAUUUCAUAUCAGAAACCGAAGAAGAAAUUAAACAUGUUUCGUUAACAGUAAUAGAACAAACCACAACUAAUAUAUUUAAUAUGUAUUCAUCAUAUACAAAGUUAGUUAUGGUCAUUGGAUAUUGUGUUCGGUUCCUUAAAAAUUGCAAGAACAAGGCCAAGAACAAGGGCGACUGUAUCCACGGUGAAUUAAAAACCACCGAAAUUAAUGAUGCUCGCGUAAGAUUAAUUAAAUUAGCACAACGUGAAAGAUUCAAAAAUGAAAUAGAGUCUCUAUCAAACCACGAGCCAAUAAAAACUAAAUCAGAUUUAAAAUCUCUCAACCCAUUUUUAGACGAAAACGGUAUUUUGAGAGUUGGCGGUAGAAUAAAGUUGUCUGACUUAGGUUACGAUAAGCGUCACCCAAUGGUUCUACCUAAAAAUCAUGCACUUUCAUCAUUGAUUGCCAGAUAUGAACAUAUCAAAUCUUUUCAUUCUGGAGCGCAACACUUGUUACAUACGCUCAGAGAGACAUAUUGGCCAAUCAACGGUAGAAAUCUGUGUAAAGGUAUUAUACGAAGAUGCGUUAUCUGCUUCAAGGUUAAUCCUACUUCUACUUCCCCAUUAAUGGGCGAUUUACCAAAAAACCGCGUCACUCCCCAUUUGCCAUUCACGAAUUGCGGCGUGGACUUUGGAGGUCCGAUUAUGUUGAGAGAUCGUCGUACUAGAGGUACGCGAGCCAUUCAUUUAGAACUGGUAUCGGAUUUAACAUCAGAAUGCUUUUUAGCUACACUCAGACGAUUCAUCGCACGUCGGGGAAAACCCACUAACAUUUAUUCAGACAACGGAACAAAUUUUGUCGGGGCAUCGUCGGAAAUUAAAAGAUUAGCUAAUUUUUUGCGCAAAACUAACCUUAGCAAUGUUAUGAAAUCAUUAAGUGACGACGGCAUCAAUUGGCAUUUUAUUCCUGCUAAAUCACCCCAUUUUGGAGGUAUUUGGGAAGCCGGUAUAAAAUCAUGUAAGUCGCAUUUAAAGCGAAUUUUAGGAAAUGCAUGCCUUACCUUUGAAGAUUUCUAUACAAUUUUAGCACAGAUCGAAGCUAUUUUAAAUUCCAGGCCAAUUUCUCCUUUGAGUUCCGAUCCUAAUGAUUUAAAUCCAUUGACUCCUGGCCAUUUUUUAAUUGGAAAAUCCUUAACAUCUAUUCCCGACCCAAAUGUACUUGACAUUCCUGAAAACAGACUAGGACGCUACCAGCACCUGCAGCGUUUGGCACAACAUUUUUGGAAACGCUGGCAUAAGGAAUACAUUUCGGAGUUGCAGAGUAGGACAAAACGCACAGGCCGUGCAAACCAAUCAUUAAAGGUCGGAACCAUGGUACUUCUCAGAGAAGAUAAUGUACCUCCACUGAAUUGGCAAUUAGGUCGCAUUAUCGAGGUGCAUCCAGGACUAGAUAAGGAAGUGCGUGUAGUGACAGUGAAAGUUCAAAAUAACGUUUUCAAAAGAGCUGCCACUAAGGGUCGUCGUCUAGACUAUAGUGUCGCCGGACUAAGAUGUAGGUGGUCUAAAUUAGGUGGUCUAAUGUCAUUCACAGUUCAAGUGCUAGAUGCAUUUGUAACAUAA